CGCGCUGCUCGCACGCCGCCCCACCUAUCCCCGUUUCCUUCUCUACUUCUAUUUAGGGCUCUUACUUCAGGCCCCAAUGACUCACAUUCAUCCCCCCACGCCCGACGCACACCCAAGGCGGCUGCGGCGGCUGCGACGCGCUUUCUGUUUCAUUCCCCUUCCCAGACGCCAUGGACGAGGUUAGGGCAAGCUCUGCUUGGGUCGCCAGCCGCUCUUCUCACGUCGUCGUGGAUUCUUCAGGAAUAGAGAAAGUCGUGGACAAUAUUCUCAACUCUAUCCCGAAAGUUGAAUGGGAUUUUGAAGGGAUUCAUUAUUUUGACAAUGGUCCACUCACCGUUCAGUAUCUAUUUGUUUUGGAUGCAUUGAAUUUUUGUUUUUGGCCAGACAAGGAUUUAAAUUAUGAUCAUUUGGCUUUGGGGCUAAAGGAAGCAUUGGAAAAUGACAAAUCUGCGUUUGAUGCUGAUCGCCUGCAACAGUACACAGGUCCUCAGUUACGUGAAUUGUUGAAGUGGCCAAGGCUGCUUCCUUUGGAGGAUGAACGGGUUCGCUUAUUGCAUGAGGUUGGACUUGAACUAGAACAAAGCUUUGAUGGAAAAGCAUCUAAUCUUGUGAAGUCUUGUGAUAAGUCAGCUGUGAAGCUUGUAGCUCUUAUUACACGUCACUUUCCUGGCUUCCGAGAUCACUCAGUGUACAAAGGCCACCAGGUAUUCUUGUAUAAAAGGGCUCAGAUAUUUGCAGCAGAUUUAUGGGGAGCGUUCAAGGGCAAAAGAUAUGGCGAGUUUUGUGACAUAGGCUCAAUUACUAUAUUUGCGGAUUAUAUUGUUCCUGCUGUACUUCAGCAGCUUGGUGUGCUAAGAUAUAGUUCAUCCCUGGCCAGCAGUAUUGAGGCCAAUAGUGAAAUAGGCUCAGGCAGUGAGGAGGAAGUAGAGCUACGGGCUUGCUCCAUAUAUGCUGUGGAAAAAAUGAGGGAAUUGAUCAAGCUAAAAUCUGGGAAGCAGGUAUGCUCCAAAUCUCUCUUGUAUGUGUUUCUUCUAUCCAGGUUUUUCUUUGUCCAGCUAAUAUUUCUUGGAAUUCUUUUUCCUUUCGAGUGCAUUUUCUUUUAAAAAAUGGUAGUGACGAACUUUUAGAGAGACAUUCCUGUUUGUGAAACCAUAUUAAUGUCAAAUGAGACUGUAUUAAUAACACAAAACUCUCUCUCUCUCUCUCUCCGUACAUAUAUAUAUAUAUACAUUUAGGUUUUUGGUUAUAGCAUGUAGCAUUUGCUUUUUGUUCUUUGAUCAGUCUUUGAGUUUAUGUUGCUCGAUAAACAUCCGCUCAUUGUAUUGCAUUGUCUAAUACCUGUCAAUAGUGGUGCUGUUCUAUUUAUCUGCAUGGGAUCAAUUUCUUUUGUUACAUUGUACUGAAGUGUUGACUGGCCUUAUUGUCCUUUGCUCCUGUCACUGUUAUACUAUGAAUGAAAUGCCUUUUGUUGCUGCAAAAUGACGGACAGUUGGGGAAUUUUGUUGGCAAUUAAAAUUUUAGCACACAUUCGUGCCACAUGCAUUAGCAGGACAUAGGCAGUGUGUUUUUUGAGCUUAAAUUUAAAAUCUAUCGGAGAAACCUGUACAUGUGCUUCUGGAACUGCAAGACUAUUAACUUGCAUAUAGAAAGAUCAUGAUUCCUAAUGUUACUGCUUAAAAAUUAAUUAAAUUUUUUGUAUUCCCAAAAUUUUUGUACUCAAGCUCACUGUCUGUUUUGGAGAAAGUUGGAGAGAUUUCCUUUUCUAAACUAGCUUGGAAUAUGUGAAUAAAUGAAAAGAAGAAAAACAUUGAAGAUUAUAUGGCACAUUUAACAUUUUAAAUCAAUAUUAUGAACAUUCAUGCCAAAUGAAAUUUCCUGGUGAUAUAUUUUGAUCAAAACUCAAUACAAUAACAUGAGCAAUGACACUGUUUUGUGUCAUAAGAUCCCAACAUUAUUGAUUAGUGCUAACCUCUGUGUGUGUGUAUGUGUGUAACUAUGAUACAUUUAUGAUGAUAAUUAUCACGGGUUGACUCCCUUGAGAUUUUCUCAGUCCCAAAGUCAAACAUAUUAAAAAAAGUAAAAGUUAUCUGUUGCUCCUAUUAUAUUUAAGUAUGACACUAACAGUUGUGAAAAAUUAUAUAAUUAAAAUUCAAAUGUCGAAUUGUUUAAUGAGAUGGUCUAGGCCUAAUAUCGGAAGAAGAGACCAUCCAUGUCAUUGUCCACUCGAAAAACCUCCACUCUCAUUUUUUUUUUGUUUGUGUAUGUUUUUUUAACAGAUUUCUCGAAACAUAAACCAGAAAUUCGUUUCACUCUUUUCACGGCAUAGUUUUAAUUGAUGAGUUCUAGAAACAACAUCUUUUAUUUAAAAACUCUAGACAACCAAAGUUCAAAUCUAGGUUUUGAGGGUUUUAGAGGAUGCACUUAUCUUAUAUUUGGAACCUCCUUUUUUUUCUUAUAAAGUGGGGUUGAGGGUGGGGAAAGUCUUAUUGCAUAAGCCGUCCCCUUAACAACCACACCCUCUGCCUCAUUUUACCUGGAGCUGUGUUUCUCCAUCAAUUAUACCCUUUCUUUUCCUUGUUCAUUCAAUUUGAGGUUCAAAGGCUUAUUAUUUUUUUUUUAAUUUAUGUAUCAAAUGUUAAGGAUACUAAUUAAUUUUCAUGCUUUUAGGCAUUGUGGGAAAGAAUGCCUCUCUCUCUCUCUCUUUUUCCCGGUUUUGGGGGGGGGGGGGGUUGGUGGGGGUGAUCCUAAAUGAAAUUUGAGUGGACCAAGCAAAUUGAUGAAUUAUAGAUUACAUUAGGCCCUUUAAGAAUAAUUUCUUAAUCAACUCCUAAAAAAGUCAUUUAAGCAUUGAAUCACUGAUAAUUGCUGCAUUUGCACUCAAUGUUGAUGCCUUCCAUGUCUUUGUAAUUGAAAAUUGCUUUAAAAAUAUGUGAACCAUGUUGUGCUUGGGAGGCUCGCCAAUGUUGGUAUUGUAACACCCACUGCACAAGGCUCCCAUGCAGUUGGGGAACGGGGAGGGCAGGACAUAUACAAUAUUACCUUCGAUUGUUUCUGUAGUUUGAACCUAUGCCCUUCAGGUUUGGAUGUAUCACCUUUAACAUCGAGUUAGUGUUGCCAAUAUUGGUCCCGUAAGAAAUUUCUGGGCUUUGAAGGUUGUGGGGGGAAAUGAUUGUGCACUUAGCUCUAAGGCUGGAAUGUCGGAAGAAAACGUCUCUAAUUACAGUUUUGCUCCUCUCCCUCACACACAUAGGGUUUUACAUAAUUGACAUCAAAUGAUUCUAGUAUUCUACCAAACAAGUAACAACAAUACUUCAAUCGAAGCUGCUGUGAUAUCAUAUCAUCAUCAUGGGGUAUAGCAUAUUGCUACAUUACCUGUGAAAUUAGUGAUUUAUUUCAAUGUAAAAUGGUAACAAAUUCAUCUUUAUUGUGGUUAAUAUGGGGUAGUUUGGAAUAUAUGAUUUUGUGCAGUGGCAAAUCAUAAUAAUUAUGGAUCAACAAUUGUAGAAGUAAUUUCACAGUUGUAGAAGGAAAACAUUAUUGAACCAUAAUUUUCAUAAUCUCCUGAUAGUUGUUGAUUUUGUAAAAUUUGUUGAUAGUUCCAAUAUGGAUAUUGUAUAUUCUAUUGAUAGUUUAUACAUAUAUUAGGUGGAGGUCUUGAUGCUCCUUUUAUUAGUAUAUCUUUUGUGCUUUCAAGAUGCCUCUCAUGGCAUAUUUAUAUAUUAAUAAACUAACAUCUUUUUCCAAUUAAAAAGUGUAGACAUGAGAAUUCAUUAGAAGUGAAUAUUUUGAAAGCAUAUCUUAGGGUGUAUUUUCUAUUGGCAGACAAUGAUUCCCAUGUGUUAUUAGGAACUCUUAUAUGGCGUUUCCUGUUGCAUUAAUUUUUUUUCCCGUGUUCAUUUUUCCUUGUCAAUAAUAUUUUCAUACAUUUUUUAUCAUUGUGCUGUAUUCCAUUCUAUGUUAUUAUUUUUUUUGCAGCAAUUCAGAAAUUCGUUUCUCAGUUUUAUUCCCUUUUUUUGUACUUCUAUUCUUUUAAUUCCAAGGCUUCUUUUUACAGGUCUUGAGCGUUGAGUUGGAUCUUUGGCUUUGGUCUUUCGGUAUCCAAUGCCCAUCUCUCCAACACCAUCGAACUCUUUCUAUCUAUUAUUGAGUAUUUUAUAUUGGCGUUGGAUUUUGAGGUAUUUUCCUUGGACAAAUGCGAUGAUUAAAUCAUGGCAUCCUUCUUUUCGGCUAACCGUCCUUCACUUUAGGAAACAAUACUCAUAAAAUUUUGAAAAGUUGGUCAGCUUGUACUAAUUGUUGCCUUGAUGUAUAUUAAGAUUCCUUUCUUGGUGCUUCUCAAAGAAAGCCUGAGUAGGGGCUUCGUGGAGUUGUGCAUUGGCUCUCAACCCAUGGAAUUUUGUUGCAAGAGUUAUUAUGAUAGCAUUAAACUAAAAAUUGCAUGAAAGAAAUACUUCAUGCUUAGUUGUCUAACAGAACAACUAGUUUGCUAAA